UUUUCACAUCCCCGACGAUGAAUCCUGUUUACAGCGCCGUUCAGCCUGGGGCCCCCUACGGAAAUCCCAAGAACGUCGCCUACGCAGGCUAUCCUGCCGGAUACCCCACCGCAGCCCCCACCUACAACCUCCCCGUCGCAGGCACACUGCUGACGACCCCACAACACACUGCCCUGGGGGCGCAUCCCGUCUCAGUGCCGACGUACCGGGCGCAAGGGACCCCAACCUACAGCUAUAUCCCACCUCACUGGUAAUCCCAUCGGCCAGUCCAUAUCUGGAGUCGAGACAUCGGAUGCAACCCGGCGUGAUGAUGGGGCAGCUGCCCCCCAGCCUCUCCCCGCCACCCCCCAACAGGCGUUGCCAGCAAAAGCGAAGCCCAGAUUUUAAUGUUGAAUUUAAGUUUUUAUUUUU